AUGAGAAUAAUUUUAUCGUUUCUGACACUUUUCUUUGUUUAUGCAUAGAAUCAAUAUUGCAAUGUGCAUAAUAAAGGAGUCAAUUCAGGAUUGGCCAAUUAACUUGCUCACUCCCUGAAUCAAAUUAGAAAUCAGGUUGCAACUGGCUAAAUUAGCUUUGAAGGAUCUUCAUCAGCAUCUAAUAUGAAUGUUAUGCACUGGAGCAAUGGCUAUGCAAAAAUGGCCUAAACAUGUGUUGAGAAAUGUCCUCUCAAGGCUUCCACUUGUGGCUAAUUUUAAAAUUAUGGAGUGCUCUUUUUUAAAAGACACCUCAAUCAACAAUUGAGAACCAACUAAGUUAUGGAAAAGUGGUUCAAAGAAUCUGAAAAUGCCAAAUAAUUACUCACAGCCAGGUCUAGUGCUUUUGGAUGUGGAAAGGCUGAAGAUAAAGACUCAGAAUACAUAGUUUGUUAUUUCGAUGAAAAAUACACUGGAGCUAAGUAGGCCUUUUUGGCAGGACCAGUUGGAGCAAGUUGUAAAUUGGGUCGCUCUAAAAUGUACAGUGGUCUUUGUGCAACAGCCUCUUCAUAGACUUUGAUCCAUUAAUCAUCACAUAUCAAGAAUAAGAAAUAAAAGAAAUAGAAGAAACAAAAGGCACACAAAAAAAAUAAGAAAAACGUAGAAAGGGAAGUCGCCCUUAUUGCUAUGACAGAUUUUAAUGAAUUUGUUUGAUGGAGUUAUUAUUUUUAGUAAUAACUAUUAUUAUUUGUUGUUAAUUUAC